UUCCAUUUCCGGGGGCGGAACUAAGUGCUGGUGACGCUGCCGCGGGGGCUGAUGGGAAGAAGGCAAAGUGGCGCCAUCUUGUUAUGCGCGGUGGAGGCGGAUGCGGGGCGCUGAGGUGGAGCGAUGCUGUGAGGGAGGGAAGGACAGACGCACGGAAUGGAGCAGACAGAGAGACAGCCGCUGAGGGACUGAGAUGAGAGCUUACUGAGGGACUGACCCAGAGGGGGAAGGCUGAGACUCUUCCAAGCAACUGAGCACAUCAAGGAACUGCCCCGAGAGAGGGAGGGGAAUCUUAUCUUACCCCAAAGAGCAAGCGCACAGAGGAACUGCCCCCUGGGAGUGCAGGGCUGGGGGACUGACCCGGAACAAAGGGGGCGGAGUGAAGAAUGAGGAAUUGAGCCAAGCUUGGCUUCUAAAUGUCACCGAGAGACUGACCCCCAAAGAGAGAGGGCACCCUUAGUGACUGGCCCCAGAGAGGGCUGUGAGAGAGAGGGGGUGAGACGGAGAAACGAGGGCAGAUGGAGAAGCCAACGAAGCCCCUGAAGAAGCGGAGGAGAGAUGUUGAGGAAAGGCAAGAUGGAGUCCCUGAUCUGAUCCAACAGCUGGAGAUGGAGAAGAACGAGUUGGCCAAGAAGAUCCGUCACAUUGAGAAGAUGUGCAACUUGGCUGAUCCAAUAACUGUCCUACAGGAACCAGAAUCAGACGGGUCAGUCACUUGUGGUACCGAGGGGGAGGAUAAUGAGGGUGGGGAGAGGGAGGAGCCAGCCAAUGAGCAUGUGGAGUCUAAGCCCUCUGUGUAUGGGCAGCAGGCCACGGGCAUGGAGCUGGACGUGGGCACCGCCUCUAAUCUCGUCAUAAUCUCAGAGGAUGGGAAAACCGUUUCCUACACUCGAACGGACCAGCGCCGCCCGCUGACGCCCCAGAGAUUCCAGGAUUACGCCCAAGCCUUAUGCACCCGCCCCUUCACCUCCGGCCGCCAUUACUGGGAGAUCGAGGGCAGCGAACUGGGGUACUGGUGGGUGGGCGUAUCCUAUGCCACCGUGGAGAAGGGCGGAGACUUGUCCAGCCUUGGCAAUAACGGCAAGUCGUGGUGCUUGUACCGCUGGAAUUAUAAGUAUUCUGUCAGACAUAACGGCAAAGUAACGGAUUUAAUCCUCCGGCCUUACUGCGGGAAUAUCCGCAUUGCGCUGGACUACGACGCCGGUCACCUGACCUUCUAUGAGCUGUCCGACCCAAUGCGCCACUUGCACACCUUCACUGCCACCUUCUCCGAGCCGCUGCACCCUGCAUUCAGGGUAUGGGGGGACGAUGCCUGGGUAAAGAUCGUUAGCUAGAGGGGGCAAUUAUUAGUCACCUGACACUCCCAGCCCCGCCCCUUGUCGUUACAUCAGAGGAGAGUGCUGCAGCCAUAACUUAUGCAGCCAUCUCAUUGGCAGGCAGCACGUCUCAUGUAACGAGUGUGUGGGGCUUGAUCCGCAGUAUUUCCAUAGCAACUGGGCAGGAUGGUGAAUUGUGGGCGGAGACUAUUCAAGGUAUAAGAACUCGAAUGUACCCAGAUACCAAAUGUACAUACAGGUAAUUUGUAGUUUGCCAAUAAAUGUCCUACUCAUCCGAA